GGGGAUUCGGCUCCAGCAGUGUCAAUGGGCGUCAUUGGAUGCAAUGCACCACUGGAGCCAUCCAUCCCGAUCCCCGUCUGUGAAGUUGCGAAUCGUUCGAUUUGUGCCCUCGUUCUUGACGGCCCAGGCUUGCACCAGAAGCACCCAAGCCUGUUGUUGUGGCCGCACGCAACGAAUGUCCGCCGCCAUGCUGCCAACACGGUGCGCGGCACGCGGCGCUGUUCGGGUUCUCCCCAGGAUGUCAAUCUGCCUUGCCCAGGCGCGCGCGCUCUCAACAUCCGUACCAUUCGGCGCCGAAGCUGUGUCGCCAUCGACCUCGAAGAAACGCAAGCCGCUCACCCAGGAACAGCGCGAGUUCCUCGCCUCCGCUCUCCGCGUAAAUCAGGCCGGCGAGCUCGCCGCCACCCUCAUCUACACUGCCCAGACGCCUCUCCUGGUCCGCCAACACCCACACCUCCGCCCACUCAUGAAGCACAUGUACGAUCAAGAGGCCGGCCACUUCGACACUUUCAACGAGCUCAUCCGGCGGCACCGCGUUCGGCCCACGGCCCUAUAUCCGCUCUGGUCCGUCCUCGCCACGGGCCUCGGCUGGUCCACCGCCGUCAUGGGCCGCGAGGCCGCCAUGGCCUGCACCGAAGCCGUCGAGACCGAGAUUGGUGGCCACUACAAUAACCAGAUUCGCGUUCUGCUCGAGGUAAUAUCCGGUUGGGAGGCCGAGGGCUACGAGGUUGGGGGAGAGAUCCGUGAGCUCGUGUCAACACUCCGGAGGAUACGUGACGAGGAGCUCGAGCAUCUGGAUCACGCUGUCGAGCACGACGCUAAGAAGGCAGAGCCGCAUUGGCUCCUGACAGGCGUCAUUAGGGCAGGCUGCCGGGGCGCAAUAUGGGUCAGCGAGCGGGUAUGACCAGCACAGGUCCUUCCAAGGGUCUCCAGCGUGUACACUACACUGUGGAAUAUUGUAAAAAUAGAGCACCUAGCCUUCCAUUACAAGCGAAUUUAUGCCGUUUCAUGCG